AACCACGUCGGGGGUGGGGCCUAAAGUUCUUUCUCCCCAGCAAUUGGCGUGGCCCCAAGUUCUGGACGUGUCUGCGAGUCCGGAGACGCCUCCUGGUACUGGCUGGGGAGAGAGGGCAGGGGGACACAUAAAAGGCCGCGCGGGUGCCUGGAGACCGAGUCUCAGCCCCUGCACCUCCUCGGAGCCACCGCAGGCCCCUCCGCCAACGCACCCAGACCCGCGCCCGCAGUGCACCUGUCGCGCUCCCUUGACCUCGAUUCUGCUCCCGCUCGGUCCCGAGGGCGUCAGGAUGAAGGCGGCCCGCUUCGUGGUGCGCAGCGCCAGCUCGCUGAGCAGCGCGGGCCUGGUGCCCCGGGAGGUAGAGCUCUUCUCGCGCUACAGCCCGUCCCCGCUGUCCAUGAAGCAGCUGCUGGACUUCGGUUCACACAAUGCAUGUGAAAGAACUUCUUUCGCAUUUUUGAGACAAGAAUUGCCUGUGAGGCUAGCCAAUAUCCUGAAGGAAAUUGAUAUCCUCCCUGACCGGUUAGUGAAUACGUCCUCAGUACAGUUGGUUAAAAGCUGGUAUAUCCAGAGCCUAAUGGACUUGGUGGAAUUCCAUGAAAAAAGCCCAGAUGACCAAAAAGCCUUAUCAGACUUUGUAGAUACGCUCAUCAAAGUCCGAAAUAGACACCACAACGUAGUCCCUACAAUGGCACAAGGAAUCCUAGAGUAUAAAGAAAGCUGUACAUUUGACCCAGUCACCAAUCAAAAUCUCCAGUACUUUCUGGACCGAUUUUACAUGAACCGUAUUUCUACUCGCAUGCUGAUGAACCAGCACAUUCUUAUAUUUAGUGAUGAGAAGACAGGAAACCCAACCCACAUUGGAAGCAUUGAUCCACACUGUGACGUGGCAGCAGUGGUCCAAGAUGCCUUUGACUGUGCGAAGAUGCUCUGUGAACAGUACUAUCUAACCUCUCCAGAAAUGAAGCUUACACAAGUGAAUGGUAAAUCUCCAGGCCAACCAAUUAACAUUGUGUAUGUUCCUUCUCAUCUUCAUCAUAUGCUCUUUGAAUUAUUCAAGAAUGCAAUGAGGGCGACAGUUGAACACCAGGAAAGUAGUCCUUCCCUUACACCAAUUGAAGUGAUUGUCGUCUUGGGAAACGAAGAUCUUACAAUCAAGAUUUCAGACAGAGGGGGUGGUGUUCCGCUGAGGAUUACUGACCGCCUCUUCAGUUACACAUACUCCACAGCACCAACACCUGUGAUGGAUAAUUCCCGGAAUGCUCCUUUGGCUGGUUUUGGUUACGGCUUGCCCAUUUCUCGCCUCUAUGCCAAAUACUUUCAAGGAGAUCUGAACCUCUACUCUUUGUCAGGCUAUGGAACAGAUGCUAUUAUCUACUUAAAGGCUUUGUCGUCUGAGUCCAUAGAAAAACUCCCUGUCUUUAAUAAGUCAGCCUUCAAACACUACCAGACGAGUUCGGAAGCUGACGACUGGUGUAUUCCAAGCAAGGAACCAAAGAAUGUGGCAAACCAAAAAGUGGCCAUGUGAAGAGUAACAUUCAGGAUACUCUGUGGAUCAAAGUGGGUCUAGGGC